CCCCAUUCGCAGAGAGCGAAACAAACAUGGCGAUAGACUCGAGUGGACGGGGGUUCACGCUGACUUUACUCGUCUUUUCCUGCGUUUUCUCGGGCGGUCGGGCCGAGGGCCCGGCGGCGGAGUCGCGGGGCGGGCCCCGGAUCCUCGGCAUGCGGCUGGAGAAGAGCGACACGCCGGCCGGGACCACCGAGAGAGGGGUUAUCCAGGUGACCGAGGGCAGCGACACCCUCUUCAGGUUCUACGGGCUCCGCUUGCUGCCCAACACCUCGUCGCUCAUCAAGUUCACGGAACUUUACUCCAGCGACACGGAGGACGACACCUUCGGCGCGCUGACGGCCCCGAUCAACAGGACUUGUUCCGAGCUCACGAAGGACGUGGAGGUGAAGGGGUCCAUGGCGGUGACCAACCAGAACACCUCCGGCGUGGUCAGCCUGCGGAUCAAGCAGCUCCGCAAGAGCGAGGUGGUCAAGGUGUUCGCCCUGUGCGUCCGCGACACGUCGGAGAAGGAGGAGACGUGGUACCUGAUGGACGACCAGGACGGCAGGGUGCGCGUGGUGGAGGUGGCCAAGUCCCUGCUGCCCAUCUGGCUGCAGGUGAUCCUCAUCACAUUCCUGCUGGUGCUGUCCGGCAUGUUCAGCGGGCUCAACCUGGGGCUGAUGGCGCUGGACCCGAUGGAGCUGCGCAUCGUGCAGACCUGCGGCACCGACAAGGAGAAGAAGUACGCGCGCAAGAUCGAGCCCAUCCGCCGCAAGGGCAACUACCUGCUGUGCUCGCUGCUCCUCGGCAACGUGCUGACCAACACCAGCCUCACCAUCCUGCUGGACGACCUCACCAAGUCCGGCGUCGGCGCCGUGAUCGCCUCCACCGUGGGCAUCGUGAUCUUCGGCGAGAUCGUGCCGCAGGCGCUGUGCUCGCGUCACGGCCUCGCGGUCGGGGCGAACACCAUCAUGGUCACCAAGCUGUUCAUGCUGCUCACCUUCCCGUUGUCGUGGCCCAUCAGCAAGAUCCUGGACUGCGUGCUGGGCCAGGAGAUCGGCACCGUGUACAACCGGGAGAAGCUGGUGGGGAUGCUGAAGGUCACCGAGCCCUACAACGACCUGGUGAAGGAGGAGCUCAACAUGAUCCAGGGCGCGCUGGAGCUGCGCACCAAGACGGUGGAGGACGUGAUGACGCCGGUGGGCGACUGCUUCAUGAUCCACAGCGACACCGUGCUGGACUUCAACACCAUGUCGGAGAUCAUGGAGAGCGGGUACACGAGGAUACCCGUGUACGAGCACGAGCGCUCCAACAUCGUGGACAUCCUGUACGUCAAGGACCUGGCCUUCGUGGACCCGGACGACUGCACCACGCUGAAGACCAUCACCAAGUUCUACAACCACCCGGUCCACUUCGUGUUCCACGACACCAAGCUGGACUCCAUGCUGGAGGAGUUCAAGAAAGGGAAGUCCCACCUGGCCAUCGUCCAGAAGGUGAACAACGAGGGGGAGGGGGACCCCUUCUACGAGGUGUUGGGCUUGGUCACGCUGGAAGACGUCAUCGAGGAGAUCAUCAAAUCGGAGAUCCUGGACGAGUCGGACCUUUACACUGAUAACCGCAACAGGAAAAAGGUGGCGCCCAAUAAGAACAAGAGAGACUUCUCCGCCUUCAAAAACGAGAACGAAUCAAAAGUGAAGAUCUCUCCUCAGCUGCUGCUGGCCGCCCAUCGCUUCCUGGCUACAGAGGUGAGCUCCUUCAGCCCGUCUCAGAUCUCGGACAAGGUGCUGCUGAGGAUCCUGCGCCACCCGGACGUGAUCCAGGAGAUCAAGUUCAACGACGGAGACAAGCGCUCGCCCCUCCACUACGUCUACCAGAGGGGGAAGCCCGUCGACUACUUCGUGCUCAUCCUGCAGGGCCGAGUGGAGGUGGAGGCCGGCAACGAGAACAUGAAGUUUGAGACCGGACCGUUCUCCUUCUACGGCGUCAUGGCGAUCAGCGCUCCCACACUGGGUAAAACGGUUUCCUAUGACUCACUGAGGCCCCCUGCUGGACGACUCACACCUACCGAGUUUCGCUCGCCGUCCCACGUCAGCGGCUUGAACCGCACGUCCUCUCUGAGCGGCGCCGACCGGACCGAGUCGCUCUCCGUCAGCGGCAGCAACAGCCAGCUCAACAGCAGCGUCCCGGCGGCGCAGCAGUACACGCCCGACUUCUACGUGCGGGCGCUCACCGACCUGCAGUUCGUCAAGAUCACGCGGUCCCAGUACCAGAACGGCCUGAUGGCGUCCCGUCUGGACAGCACGCCCCAGUCCCCGGAGAGCGGCCACAACGCGAUUUGCCUGGAUCAAACCACUCCGCCCGCCGCCACGGACCCGGGAGCCGACUCCACCCCGGCGGAGAACGGGCCGGACGAGACGACGCUGCUCCUGCUCAACGAGCAGAACUCGCCGCACGCGGCCAACCACCACAGCCAGCUGGAAAACAGCAUCUGACCACCGCCACCACGCUCCACCGCCUGCACGCAUGCACUACCACACUCAAAUUUAUGCUGAGGAGAGGAGAGGAAGUGUGUGUGUGUGUGGGGGGGGGGGGGGGGGAAUGCAAACACACUGACAUAAAGAGACAAGCCAUGUGCAUGCAUAUUGUGUAAAUAUGCAAAGGAUUAAAGACACACACUUUAUUGUGGGAACAUUUCCAUCACAAAGACUCGCCACAAAAACCCAACACUCAUCUAUGGUAGUUCGUCGGCAGGAAGGAGUAUCCGUAUGUGUGUGUGUGUGUUUGCACAUGCUCCUUAAUGUAUUGACUGAUCUGAAGGACCAGGAAGCUCCUCCCUCUCUCACCGACAUGCGAGUUUUCUCCCCGUGUGUGUGUGUGUGUGUGUGCACAUUUAUAAGUGUGUGUGUGUGUGUGUGUGUGUGUUGCUUCCCGUUCACUGUCCCUAAUCAGAGACUCAGGGAGACUCCGCCCUCAUCCCCUCCCACGUGCCGACGCACACACACACACACACACACACACACACACACACACACACACACACACACACACACACACACACACCCAACCCACCGCCGUAUGUGUAGCAGCCUGCAUCCCCUCCUCGCCUUCCGUACAGCUAGAAGACAAAGACGACCCGAGCAUGUCGGCGUACAAAGUAAUAUAUGUUCCCUAGAAAUUUAUAGCGAGAUAUUUAUUGGAGAAUUCUGUGUGAGACGGACACACAAAACUCUUCUGUUUUUGUGGGGGGGGGGGGAGAGAUUGGGUUGUAUUUCUAUAACAUUUUUAUUCUUGUUUCCUGGAUAGAAACGGUGAGUAGCCGGAGAGCCUUUCAUCCCCGAGUUGUUCAAAGAGAUUUAUCUUAUCGGUCUGUAUCGCGAUGGAGACAAUCAAUAAGAUCAUUAUUAUGAAUGUGUCGGAUUAAACGUGCUCUCAAACAGCCUCCUCUCUGUGAAUCAAACGUCGAGUUGGAAGUUUCCGCCGCCGCCGGAUCCUGAAAAAUUUGGUCGUAUAGGAAUACUUUUUUAAAAAAUUUUUUACAAAGAUGGAUGAUGUUUCAGAGCACUUUGGUUUGACAAGUCUUUUCCUAGGUGUGUGUGUGUCUGUGUGUCUGUCUGUGUGUGUGUGUGUGUGUGUGUGUGUGUGCAUGCACACAUCACCAGAUUUGGUGGGAACAGAAACCAAAAGAGGGAAACUUGAUCACAUUCUGACUAGAAAAUACUUUAAGAAAUCUGAGACUUUAUUUAUUUGUGUGCGCGCGCGUGUGUAAAUAUACUAUUGUCAAUGAGAGGGGACGAGAAAUGUGAUUUUUUUAUAGCCUCAUUGUGAGAUUUUACAUGUUAAAUGUUCCUUUGUGUUCAUUGGUUAUGUUUUUUUGGGGAUUCCUUCAUUUAGUUUUUUGUAAAUCUGAUUUUGGGGGUCGAUCUGAACACCAAAACAUUUAUCGGCUUUAUGGUGAAGCAAUGAUGUAUAUUUAAUGAUUCUGACAAUGGUUUGUUUAAGUUUUUUUUUCCACAGAACUGUACACACUCCAGUUAUAUUUUACCGUGUGAGAGUUUAAAAGGGAGAAUCUUUUUUCCUAAAACUCGUACAUUUUCGUGUCUUGCGAUUUUUUUUUUUCUUUCUUCGACUGAUUUCUAACAGAACCACAGAUUAUUUGUUUGUGUGAUACACGACAUGAAAAGUGAAUCGCACAGACAAGUUUUGUUGUUGUUCUAAAAAAAAACAACAACAAAGAGAAAGGGCUGCUCUCUAGUCAAGACGUCAGGCGAUCGAUUUACGACUACAUGUCCCAGAAUGCAAUGCAGGAACUCGAAACGUUGGUUUCUUCUUCUUCUUCUUCUUCUUCUUCCACCAACGGGUUUCCCCCUCUGCACUCCUAAAUGUUGGGAAAGGGGAUUCUGGGAAACGUAGGACUUCAGGAGCAGUCGAAAAGGAAACGGGGAGACCUAAAAAAAAAAAAAAUGUUUUUAAAAAUUAAUUUAAGACAUGGAUCGUCACAAACUGAAGGCAUCGGAGUCUCAAUCAACAGAUUUCUUUCUUUUUUUUUUAUACCCUGAAUUUAAAGUAUGAAAAUGCUGAAGCGGUUAUUUCCUUCUUUUUUUUUUUUUUUUCAACAUGAAUCUGAAGCAAAAAGCUUGUUUUUUUUAAACCCACUCUUGAGUCUGUCAUCUUCAGAAACAUGAACACUUGCGUAGUGCUUUAGCAUUUCAAAUGGGACACACGGAUAGAGUUUUAAAGAACACGUUUUCUGAAGCCCCCCCCCCCCCCCCCCCC